ACCCUGCUUCGUCGACAAACGGCUAGUAAAAAAGAGGUUUAAUACUCCUGUGAGAUUACAAGAUUUUCUUGCAAAGACUGCAGCUUCAAGUAACUGUGCACAUUAAUGAUUUGGUUACUUCUUGCAUCAGAGAUUUCUCGACAGUACACUUUCAUGGGUCGAAAGACACGAUUGAGUGCCGUUCAGCUGCCUAGAACCGUUUCCCAAAUCAACGUGAUAGCAAUAUCACGUGUGAUAUGCCAAAUGUAAACUUUCGAAGCUGGGUUCUACCCACACAUAAUCAUCAUUCCCACUAUCAACUAUCUAGUUCUUAGGAAUUCUUGCAGUUCUCUACCAAUACAUGUCUGGAAUAGAACCAUUUGUCUUUUGUCUUGAAAUCCCUGAACCUAGAAUCAGGAGAUUUUCGCUCAUCGAGCCCUUCAAGAGAGAGAUGAAGCCGUUCACGGCGUAAACACCAAGUCUUUCAUACUCUUGUGGGUUAUAAUAAAAUAAUGAAAUCUAUUUCUUCCUUUGUUUAUUCUCGAAACUUAUUGUGACCGCAUGCGGGGACUCUCUUUCAUUGUAUAAUAUGGAUUCAAUAGAGCACAAAGAAUUUGGAUUUAUUAUAUGUUUCCACGGAAGAGUAGGAUGCGAUAACUGCAAUAGCUUCAUUUGUGCCCUCACAACAUUUUACAUUUUCAGUUCUAUAAACUACCCAGAAAUUUCAAGUCGCAAUCGAAUCCUAAUGUCUGAUUGGUUUGAAUGGCCAACAUGGGGAAAGUUUGCCACGAAGCGGGACGAAAUUGCGCCACCACUUGACUCAGGUCCCCGUCCUCCUUCUCGCUCCAGAUCUUCAUCUCGGCGGAGACGGUCCAGGCGACGUUCCAGCGAGCUCACACCCGCUGAGAGAUUAGCGAGAGCGAAGGGCGAAAAGAAAGUGAUUGAAUUCGAGGAACAAAGAGUGGCAUCAUUGGACCCCUUAGCUAGAUCCGCUCAUAAGGAGCGUAAGAGGCUUUGGGAGGAGCAAAGAAUCAAAGAUUUGAAGAACACAUUUGCGAUAGGUGUGAAAGAGGCAGCAGAGCAACAAAACACGGCGUAUGUGGAAGUCCAUCGUAGAUGGAAGAGAAAGCACGAUGAUGACACUGCGGCCCAAGCUGCACAGAGAAGACUGGAAUUUCUAGAAGUUCGGCAAAGACAACUCCAAAAGUCUCCAUCACAACCGGUGAAUGCAGAUAUCGCACGAGAAGCGAACAAAAGGCUUGCCGUGGAAUUAUUUGAGAGGAUUUAUGUAGACCUCCAAAACCAUUUUUGCACCCACGCUCAUUAAUUCUGAGACUUAUGACCCUUAUGCCGAGAUUUCUGGCCAGCCUCAUCAUAAGUCAUGGCAGCGAUUUUUAACAUUAGCCUCGAACCCAUCAGAGGUUGUGAAUGGCACUGGAUAUGGAAUUGGCCUUGACAGUGCUGCCGUCCUCAUGCUAUCAGAGAGUUUCCGCAAUGCAUUGAGAUAUGGAGAACGGCCUGAUGGGUCUGAAGCUCGAAGCAACGAUGAGGAAUUUUCACUUAUAGGUAGAUGGAGAGAAUUUGAAAUUAAGCUCCGACUGGAACAUGUCAGCAUCAGAGCCUUUGCUAUCGCCCGGCGUAUUCCAUACAUGAUGGUUUACCGUCGAACAGGUCAAAAAAUAGCAAAAGGUGCAAAGAUUGCGAAUGAAAAUAUCCAACUGGAUCCUUCAAUAAGAGACCCUUACGAAGUGUAUCUCGCAUCGGAUGGAAGACUUCUGCCCUGUUUAUUCACACCCCUUUCCGGUGACUUCGAGUCAGUGCGCCAGGAAUUCCAUACACUUCCAUUCAGCAAAUUCGAAGAAGAUAAACCCCAUAAAGAAAUCUAUGGGACUGUACAUGAGCGCGUGAUUUCCCGUCGAUUCCAAAACCUGAAAGAGAAUGUAUACAACCGGGAAAAUUUCAAAAACUAUGCUCCACCAUCGAGCUGGCCGCCUACCUGGGAAUACCCACCUGCGGAUAUCCAACAUCCAUGUCGAGAAUGGGGUAAGAAUUAUCCUGCGUGUGUCGCUUGUGGUCUUCGGACAGGGCCGUUGGAAGCAGCAGGAGAAGAGGAAAUCUGUCAAUGCACAACAUUAAGUGUCUUCGAUAAAAUCCUCGUAGAAAUUAAAGAGUACACAUCCAGCACCACAUCCAAACAACUUUAUCUUGGAAUUAGGGCUUUGCAGAAACUCCACAAAGAACACAUCAUUGGGGAAGUGCUUGGAGAAUUCAUCCCGCUGGGAGCCGAGGCUGACUUUAAGUGUCAUUAUAAUUCCUCUGUUGACUUCCAUGCUCCUCCAUUCGUUGACAAGAAUGGAAAAGUUUUAGAUGUCGACCCAGAUGUUAUAACCGAGAAGCCAAUUGAUACCAAUACAGAUCCCAUCGCAACACUUAUCACCGGCCAUAAAGGAGGAUGGAUCAGACUGAUCAACGCAGGCACGAAUAAAACUGCAAACGUUGAAGCUCGCUCGGAAGUUUGGGCAGGAAAGUUGCGUGUCACUAUUAGACCGUUACGGAAUAUAAAUUUUGGAGAACAAUUGUUGAGUAUGCGUCCUAAUCCAAUCCCUAUUUUCGAUUCUUACCAUAUAUAUCCCUUUGGUCUCUUAACGCAGCUUUUCUUCUCAUGUUUUCUUUCUUUCUUUUAAGCAUCUUGCCUUCAAAAUAGCAGUUACUGACUCCUCGAUCUUGCAGUCCGAUGGGGGGAUAUAUAUCUAGAACCUGAUGGGCAAUCUCUCAAUGCCAGGAAGAAAAGAGAUCACACUGAAAGGUUACCAAUGCGAGCUCUUAGCGGAUUCUUUAAAUAGGUAGUUUGGAAAGGAUAGCAGGAAGUUUGAUGUACUGAUUGUUGAAUUCUCUUUCCAUCAGUUUGUGUGCAUAUAUAUCAUCGGAUUUUAUAUAUCUUUUGAGUGGUACUUCACGUAGUAGUCGUCUGCUCGCAAACAUACUGGGCUUGGCGAACUAGGUUACUUGGUGCUAAUUUGACAAUUGGAAACAGAACGAGAAAUC